UACUUUCAAAACAACCUCUCUUAAAUAACUUUUCAACACUUUCGACGUGUUUUUUUCGUUAAGAAUACACAAAAUGCACAAGGGACUGACGCGAAGUGACCUGUCAAAAUGACGCUAUCACCCUGACAUUUAACUGACGUUGUUUACAAAAUUCCCGGAUGCCAAAUAAUCCUUUUAUAUGUCGUUAUUUUGAUUAAACAAAUUAUAGUAAAAACACCAGAUGUUUUUACAUUUUCAUCUACACAUGUUUUGAAAUUACCGGUAUUUAAUGCAAACAGUAAUCAAUCAUUUAAUCAUGUACACAUUAAUGUUUUUCGAUAAUUUUUAAUGAGUUCAAAUAGUAAUGAAAAAUUAUUGCUUUGCAUUUCAUUGCACGUUUUAAGCAUACGGAAAACAAAUUUAUAAAGGAUACAAUGUACAUUAUUGGAACGGGCAUUUUAAGGGAUCGGCGCAGAAGUGUUCACAUCAAAUGUGUUGAUGCGUCAAAUGUGUUGAUGGGCGCGGGCGGGGGCGGCGGGCGGGCUGCGCGCGCGCUGCGCCUGCUACUGCUUUUGGUGCUGGCGCUAGCAGCUGUUGAAUACCUCUUCGGUUCCAUCCUGGACGCCUCGCCCUUCAGGACGUACCUCUACAUGCCGGUCUACAGUACUACCCAGUCCACAACCAAAAACAGUGACAGAACGGCCGGCUGGUCUAAAAGAUUGCCAAUCACUGCCGCGAGAAAAAACCCCAGUGUGACAAACACGACGCAAUUUAAAAACGUAACUUUUAAUAAUACAAUAUCUACAAACAGUUCAACCAAAGCACCUAUUGUCGCAAAUAUGACGAGACAAAAUAUUACAGUAGAAUCAAGUACACCGUUAUUAAUAACCAAGAUCAUGGAGGGGAUAAAGAAUCUCGUAACCACAGAAGAAUUGAUUUCGAAAAUGAGCGAACCAAAUUUGCCUCUCUGUGAGGAAAUGCCGCCUGACCUUGGUCCAAUAACAGUGAACAAAACUGAAAUAGAACUAGAUGAUAUUGCAACUAAAUACCCAGAAGUACAUCGUGGUGGAAGAUACGCGCCGCCAAACUGCACAGCAAGGCAUAAAGUUGCCAUUAUUGUACCAUACAGAGACCGCCAACAACAUCUAGCGAUGUUUCUGAAUCACAUGCAUCCGUUCCUAAUGAAGCAACAAAUAGAAUAUGGAAUAUUUAUUGUUGAGCAAGACGGUAACAGUGAUUUUAAUCGAGCGAAGUUGAUGAACGUAGGUUUCGCGGAGAGUCAGAAACAAAAGGCGGGCGGGUGGCAAUGCUUCAUAUUCCAUGACAUAGACCUCCUGCCGCUGGAUCAGAGGAACUUGUACUCAUGUCCUAGACAGCCUAGACAUAUGUCUGCAUCCAUUGAUAAAUUGAAUUUCAAGUUACCUUACGAAGAAAUUUUCGGCGGUGUAUCAGCGAUGACAGUUGAACAAUUUACCAAAGUAAACGGUUUCUCAAAUAAAUAUUGGGGUUGGGGUGGUGAAGACGACGACAUGUUUUACAGGUUAAAAAAGAUGAAUUAUCACAUAGCGAGGUACAAAAUGUCAAUUGCGAGGUACGCCAUGUUAGAUCAUAAAAAAUCUGCUCCAAAUCCAAAAAGGUAUCAAUUGCUAUCGCAAACAAGUAAGAUAUUCCAGAAAGACGGGCUUUCGACACUCGAAUACGAUUUAGUUGAUGUGAUCCAGCAUCACUUGUACACUCAUGUUAUUGCGAAUAUAGACGAGCAUAGCUGAUGGCAGUACUUCGCCAAGCUGUUGUUUGGCGAACAGCGGUAAUGCCUUAACCUUUGCUCAGUCACCUAGUGCUAUAUGCGAUUCCAGUGAAAACAGACUUUUAAUACACAGGUGUUUUAACAUGAGAUGUUAUGUAAACAGAAGUUAAUAUUGAAAAUUGUCAAUCUUCCAUUGAUGUGUAUUUGUGCAAGAAGGUAAGGUUAAAAAACAUGAUGUAAGGAUUAUUUAGGAUCAAAAAACAUGCUUAUAGUAGUGUUUUGUUUGCAUUCCACCUCAUGAUAAAUUUAUAUACAAGUUGAAGAUAUCAAAACUAAACAAUAUUUCAGUGUAACCAUAGUGAAUUAUAGUGAUGCAGUGUAAAAUGACCCUACAGUGGCAGAUAAACAAUGAUAGUGCUGAACAGGUCACUAUUACACCCAUUUGACAAUGCCUGAUGGGUUUUACCAGAGAUAAAACUAUACUAGUGUUUGUAUUGUAUUUUACUAACUUUGUCUCUUGAUCGCUCAAUUUUCGAUCAAGCGGCGUACUCACGCUGGUGGACACCGCGUUACGUUAGAGCAAGGUGAUGUCGGAUGCGUGUAAUGAGCGAUGACCUUUAUGUUACUGGCCUGCAUUUUAUAUUGAAGUGUAUGUGAACUUGUGUGUUAUUUAUUAUUAUUUUUUAUUGCUUUAAUAUUAUUUAAUCGCGUUUUUUGAUUAUGUUUAUUUUGACAAUUCCUAUUUUUUUUUACUCUUAUGAAUUAUUCAAUUGUAUCCAGAGUUUAAUUUGUUUAGUUUGUUUUAUUUUUAGAUUCUUUUAAUUACGCUAGUCGUAUUGAUAAUUUGUAAAUUUUUAUUAAUCUACUCUUUUACGUCGAAGAUGUUACUAUCGUGUUUUGUAAAUUUAAAACGUAUGUUCCUUUUUGAGAUAGCCUAAUUUAAUUUACAAAAGACCUUUAAGGUUCAAAUAUGUCAUUAAUAUGUGAAUUGGUAUUAUUGUAAUUAACGGCCUAAAAUUACCUAAAUUUCAAUGAAUCAGAAACAAUUGUUAUAAUCUACCAGAAGCAGAACCAGUGUUUUUUUAUAUUUCACGUUUAACGAUGUUAAAUAUUGUUUGACAUUUGUUUUUUUGCACCUAAUU